AUGCCUCCGGUGAUAUCUAGGAAUAAAAAGGAUGGCGCUGAGUAUGAGAAUGUAUUAAGCAACAAAAGCAAUGUCCUUGACUUUGAAAAAUAUAUUCAAGAAAAUAAAACUUUACUACUGAAUGAUCCAUUAAGAGAUAUACUCUUAUACCCAUCUGAUGAUGUUUCUAGUGUAGUUCUUCCUCGACGUUGGAGAACUGUGACUACUGCUGUGCCUGAUGUGAGGACAGCAGCCACAUGUCCGUUACUGACAAGACAGGCAUUACUUAGUUAUGCGUCUAGUUGGAACCUUGUACAUUAUAAAUAUAGUAGCUAUUCUGGAUCUUAUAUCAAUUUACCUCGGCCAAUAGACAGUAAGCUGCCCCAAGAAGUAUAUGACAUAGAUACUGAAACAGAUAGUGACCAUGAAGCUCAUGCAAAGGUUGAUGUUGGAACAAAAGAGGGUUAUUUGCUCAAAGGACCCGAAAUCGGCUCAGAUAGAAUAUUUAGCAAUCUUGCCUCUAAAUCGUUUAAAAAACGCUACUGCUCAAUGGUUAGAGAAGCAGAUGGUGCCUAUAUACUUGAAGUUUAUAAGGACGAAAAGAAAACAGACACCAAACUUACUAUUGUCAUGGAUUUCUGCUCUGAAGUUGUUAAGAAUGCGAAACGAGGGCGAUUUUGUUUCGAAUUACGCAUGUCGGGCAACAAAGGGUAUACAUUUGCGACCGAAACUGAAGAGGAUAUGAAUGAUUGGAUCAAUGCAUUUAAAGCAGCACUUAAAAAGAACCAAGACCAAGAGACACAGCAAUCUGACGAAGUGCUAGAUAAAGAUGCAGACAUAUCCCUAACAGCGGAACCCCCUCCCCCCACAUAUGGAACUCUAAAAGGACUGGAGCAUAGUAUGAAUCCUUUGCUAAUGCGAUAUUCCCGCGAGACUGAUUUAUCCAUUGCGGCGGCACGUAAUGAGUGCCGCUCGAAUAUCUUCACUUUGCCUUACAAAAGGGCCCCUUCGCCGGAACCCCAGCUAGAACCAUUCAAAGAACAUUUUGGCCAAAGAAUAUUGCUCAAAUGUGAAAGUCUAAAGUUUAGAUUACAAGCGCCAAUAGAUGGUGAUAAAGAACUGCUGUGCCAAGUCGAGCCGUACUUUACUCACCUCGCCAUAUACGACGCCCGGAGUGGCAAGAAACUAACAGAGAACUUCCAUUUCGACAUAAACCAUGCCGCCGUGAAGGAUCUAGUCAAAGAGAACGAGUGCACAAAGUCAUUAGUUGAAAAUUUUAGCUACGAUGUUAAGUUAGACAUUAAACAAAUACCAGAUGAAUGGUUCAGAUCAAAGAGACAGGUACUUAUAUCAGUGAACAAUCCGCAUCCAGAUUUAUUCUUAGUAGUGAAAAUCGAUAAAAUCCUACAAGGGCACGUCAGCCAGGUCCUCGAGCCCUACAUGAAAGCUACGAAGGAUCCUCGCUUAGGUCUCAAAGUACACAAAACCAUACAAUCUUAUGCACACAGAGUGGGAAACUAUCGGAUGCCCUUCGCUUGGGCUGCCAAGCCCUUAUUCAAGUUAUACAGCAACGAUUUGGACACAACGCCGGAGUUUCCGGCAAUUUACCGUCAAGAGCCAAAUAAGAUGUCUGACGAGGACUUGUUGAAGAUUUUAUCAGAUUACCGAAAACCGGAAAAAUUAGCCAAAUUGACCGUCAUACCGGGAUGGCUCAGCAUCCACGUACAACACAGCGUUGAGCAGAUACCUAAUUGUAUGUCAAGCUCCUACGCCGCAUUGAAGCCAUUUCCGUUACCACCUGCUUCGCCUCUAACAUUAGAGCUAGCAACUUUGAACGUGGAAGCCGAACAGCCGUACGCAGCGUUCAUACACCAUUUGUACGUACGCCCCCUAUCGUUAAACUUCGAGUCGCAAAAGAUGUUUGUGAGAGCAAGGAACAUUGCCUGCUCUAUCGAAUUAAAAGAAAAUGACACGGGUGAUAUGAAAGCGUUACAGGCUAUUUAUGGGCGUACAGGAAUGACUGCUCAAUACCGUUGUUCUGUGUUACAUCACAAUACAAACCCCACAUGGUGUGAUGAGGUGAAGAUUCGAUUACCAACGACCAUCACCCCCACUCAUCACCUCCUGUUCACCUUCCAUCAUAUUUCCUGUGAUCUCGCUAAGAAGAAUGAUACAAAUGUGGAAACUUGUAUAGGAUACGCGUGGGUACCACUAUUGAAAAAUGACAAACUAAUCGACGAGUUAGUUAGUUUGCCCAUCGCCACACAUUUACCGUCUGGAUAUUUGUCUAUUCAACCUCUUGGACUUGGCAAAGGGAACACAGGGCCAGAAGUGGUAUGGGUGGAAGGUGAAAAGCCUCUAUUCCGAUGCCAGCUCGUCCUGGAGUCCACAGUGGCCACGCGCGACGCGCACCUCCACAACCUGUUCGCGCAGAUAGAGCGCCUGGCGCGGCCCGGCGCGCCGCCCGCGCCGUCCGCGCCGCCCGCGCCGUCCGCGCCGCCGCCCUGCCACGACGUCUGCAACGCACUCAAAGCCGCACACGCCAUCACUCUCACGUCACUCGUCGCUUUCUUGCCUACGAUAUUGAAUCAGCUGUUUGAUCUCAUGACAAUAGAAAAAGGAUACUCUCAAGAUAUGGGCUUCCAAGUUGUGAAAUUAAUAGUACAUUUUGUACAUAUAAUACAUGAUUAUGGAAGGAAAGAUUUACUGGACAGCUAUGUUAAGUAUGUAUUUAACUGCGUGGAAUUCAAACUACACACCGUACUAACGGCGCCAUUGCAUAUGUUCGUGGAUCCAAACAACCAGGACUUACUGUUGAGCCACAAGUUCAUGCAGUACUCCAGCUUCUUCUUCGACAUCAUUAACAAAAGUAUGGCGCAGUAUUUAAUUAAUACUGGGCGAAUUAAGAUGUCCCGUAACGAAAGGUUUCACAGCGAUCUCCUAGAAAAUAUUGAUAAACUGAUAUCCACAGUUGAACCUGCAUACAUUUUACAGCAGCCAAUUCAAACACAUAUUUUCAAUAAAAAUUUGGCAAACUUUCUAAAAUCGUGUUUGUCAUUCAUGGAUCGGGGGUUCAUAUUCCGUCAAGUGAAAAAAUAUUUGGAAAAAUUUAAACCAUGCGAUCCAAAGGCGUUGUUUGAUUUUAAAUUUACCUUUUUACAAACAAUUUGCUCUCACGAACAUUACGUUCCUUUCAAUUUGCCGUUACAGGCAAAUAAAUUAGCCAAAGAUUCAGAUGAAGACCCGUCGAAAUUAAAAUUGACUGACGAGUUUGUGAUGCGACAUUUUCUUGCCGGAAUUCUCCUAAAACAGGUAGAACAAUCUCUCCGGGAAGCCCCGCAGAAGCGGCGCUCGGCGCUGGGCGUGCUGCGCGCGCUGCUCACCAAGCACGAGCACGACGACCGCUACCGCACCAAGCAGACGCGCGCGCGCCUCGCGCAGCUGUAUGCGCCUUGGCUCUCCAUCGUUUUAGAUAACGCACAUCGUCUAGUCACUAAGUCGCUAGCCAGUCCGACCAUAGAGAAUGGAAACGAUAGAGUGGACGGAGACGUAACAGGCGUAUCGCUUGCUAACGUCCAGAAGGAGGUCGCGUCUGCAAACAGCACUCCUCGAAGGAACAGGCUGACGCUACAUUUCGAUCACACUCCUGCCCGCAACUCCGCUCAUUUCAGAGACCCACCGAAUAUAUCCAAUAAUAUGUAUGGGAAAGAUAACGCAAAUAACAUGUCGCAAAGCUCUCUAGAAUCGGUAUCGACGAUGUCCGGUGGAGAUUCCUUACCGCGAAAUGCUCGAUUAGAUUUGAGUGAAAUUGGUGACCAGGUGAACAGAUUCGGCGUAAUGUCGGCGGAGGAGGUGCGUGAUGUGCUUCUGUGUUUCCUCUUCGUGUUGAAGUACUUAGAUGAGGAUAGGCUCGUCGAGUGGUGGAAGACGCACACGCAAGCGCAACAACAAGCGUUCUUUAAUGUUUUAGAAAUAUGUGCAGAACAAUUUCAAUACGUUGGCAGAAAAAAGAUCCUUUCAGAACUUCGCGUGCCAUCACCGGAUUGUAAUGAGAAACCCAAACCUAUAAAAGCAAGGACUUUACCUGCGAGGAUGAGUCCACCUGAUUUCUCCAAAGAGCCGCCUAUUAUUGUUGAGAAGAACAACACCGUUAACAGGGAAAAUCUAGUCAAUACUACAGUUACAAACGAAAUCGAAACGAUGACGGAGCACGCUGUUAUCUCGGCCGGUUGCCUAGCAACGGAGGUGGGCCUCACCAUCAUAGACCGCGCGUGCCUGUUUAUGCGCACGCUGGGCGUGGCGGACGGGGUCGCGGCUAAGCCAUAUGUUAAACUCCUACAAUUUCCGCAGAGUGAAACUCUGUACAAACACCUCUUUGCAGCGUUAAGGGCGUACAUUAAUCAGUACUCCGAAACACUUUUUGAAGGCGGCAGCACGCUGUGCGCGGGCGUGGUGGGCAGCGUGGUGCGGCUGUGCGCAGCGCGCGCCGCCGUGCUGCGGCGCGAGGCCGCCGCCGCGCUCUACCUCCUCAUGCGCGCCAACUUCCAGCACGGCGCGGGCGGGAGCCUCACUCGCGUGCAUUUACAGGUCAUCAUAACAGUGUCAAAACUUCUGGACAGCUCUACAGCACUUAACUGCAAACGCUUUCAAGAGUCACUAUCCGUUAUAAAUUGCUUUGCGACCGGUGAUAAGGCGAUGAAAGGAACUGGAUUGUCGAAUGAAGUAGCAGAGUUGAUGCGUCGAGUCCGCACCGUGGUCGGGGCGCGGGCUCGGCUCGCAGGCGUCGGAGGCACUUCUGGGGCCGCAGGCAGCGUGCACCUGGCCGAGCUGCAGUACUCGCUGGCGGCGUCGUGCCGCGCCACGCCGCGCCUGCGCCACGCCUGGCUCGCCACGCUGGCUGACCACAACGCGCGCGAGCGAGACCAUGAUGAGGCGAUGUGUUGCCAUCUUCAUAUAGCGGCACUUAUAGCUGAAUAUCUAAAACUACGUGGCACACAACAGUGGGGUGCGGAGGUCUUUGCUGAUCUCUCGAUGAACAUCAUACGGGAUGAGACAGGCCUCAAAAUAGACGAGGGUAAG